AUGAAGGAGUUGUUGUCGAGAAAAACAGGAAAGGCAGUCAAGGAUCCAAACGAGCCUAAGAGGCCUGGCAGUGCAUUCUUCUUUGUCUUCAUGGAGGAGUAUAGAGAGCAGUACGAGAACGAGAACCCUAAAAACAAAUCAGUUGCUGCUGUUGGGAAAGCUGGAGGAGAUUAA